GUAGAGUAUUUGCCGUUCCACAGUUUCAGCUGGAAUCGAGAGUUCUGGAACAAUCUGGCAGCUCUUGUCACUCACGUGCGUUAUCUUUGACUCGGUGAGCCUGUGAAAUGCAACAAGAGAAGUGCUUUUGCCAUUCGAUUGCUCUCUCCGAAAGGGAUUCUCUCUCUUUGCAAAGAUUCGACUCGUAUAAGAAGUGAGAGCAGAGCAGAGCCCAGCAGCAACAGCACUCGGAGAGGCAGCCACAGCCACAGCAACUGUUACGGGAUCCAUGCGAGAAUGAGAAUGAGAAUGGCGACGAAAGGCAGCCAAUGGCUUCGAUUGGAAGCCAGUCAAAAAUGGUCCAUCGACGGGAGAUGAACAGCAACGAGAGCAGCAGCAGCAGCAGCAGCAGCAGCACCAUCCGCCAGCAGAUUCGCAAGCCAAAUCGCUGCCAAAAGCCAAAACCAAAGCCAAAGCCAACCGAACCGGGCCAAGUCUAAGAGAACGUGUGGUAGUGAAGUGAAAUAGAUGUGCUUGCGCGAGUGUGAGUGCGAGUACGAGUCCGAGUCGAGCGGGAUUAAAAAACAAUAGAAGUGCCAGGACUUUAAAUGCCUUUUCAAAAGUGCCACAAACACAUGUACAUAAAAUAAUAAUACGAGCAACAUUAAAGAACAGAACACAAUUAAAAGAUAUUAUGUCGCUGCCAACAUGAGUGAAAAAGUCAGCAAAUGAAAUAAGCUGCAGCAACACCCAGACGAAAAUAAACAGCAAAAAAAACCGUUUUCAUCAACUAAAAGUUAAGAGCGGGAAAACAUUAUAAGAAAAUCAUAAUGAUGAUGGAUUAACUGCUCUUAGUUGUUGUUGAUGUUGUGAGAGUGAGAAAGCGAGAGUGUGGGAGAAGCAGCGGAAGUCGCAGCAGCAGCAGCAACAUCAACACAGCAGCAACAUCAGCCCAGCAGCAACACUGCAACAGCAGCAGCUACAGCAACAAACGCAUAGUCAGCACAUAUUAAGGAAACAUUAAGCAAUAACAUAAAACUGCUGCCAAUUUGAUUGCUACUCUGGCCUCGAUCAUUUCGAAGCUAGCUGCUUAGCCUCGGCUUUGCUUCAACUUAGGACUUUUACUUCUAUCCAAACGUGUACCGCAAAAUCAGUCAAGCUGGCGUCGUUCAAGCAGAAAAAUAACAAUAAUACUAUAAGCAAUUAUAAUAAUAAUAUAAUGUGGAGUAGUACUAUAUCGCCAACCAACUCUAAGAAACUAUUGAUCGGUAGCACACGAAGCGUUGAUUAUGUCGGUGAUAGUGCAAGGACAACAGCAGGCAACAACAAAUCAGGAGCAGCAGCAGGAGCCAAAGGAUCAAAAGCCAAAGCCACCGCCAUUGCAGCCACAGCCACAGCCGCAGCAGCAGCGAACACAACAAAGAUCUCAAUUGAAAUGGAGCUUCAUAUACAGAAUAAGUGCAUUUCGGCAUAGCGCAUCACUCUGGAGGGUGGUGCGGAGCCGCCAUGGCUGCAGGGCCCCCUUAAAGCCGCAUUUUUGGGGGCUACUGGCGUCGGCAAAACAAGCAUAUUACAGCAAUUUUUCUACCACGACUUUCCAAGUGCUCAUCAGACGACAACACAUCGCAAGAUUUAUAAAAACUGUCUGGUCUGCGACACCUGGAUACGUGAGCUGAUGGUACUGGACGUUCCGCCCCAGAAGCGAUUUCCGGCUGACAACUUCGCCGAAUGGAACAACGGACAUCCGCUGGGGCUGCGAACGGUGCACGCCUAUGUCUUGGUCUACGACAUGGGCAAUUUGGAAACAUUUCAGUACUGCCGCUCGAUGAGAGAUCAAAUCUUGGACAGUUUCAGUCAUCGUGAUUUUAGCAUAAUUGUGGUCGGCAAUAAAUUUGACAAUGUGACUGAGGCGCAGGCCAACUCGCAGGAGCUCAAGGAUAUUUCCACGCUGGUGCGCAAACAUUGGCGCUGCGGCUACGUCGAGUGCUCGGCGCAAUACAACUACAAAAUCGGCGACGUGUUCCGCGAGCUGAUGGGCUGCACCAGCACGGGAGGAGGCGGCGGUGCCGGAGGAGGCGUGGCCGGGGUCGGUGGCCUGGUUGGCACUGAGUACUCACAAUCAACUAGGAAUAAAGGACGCUGUACAAUACUUUAGCAAAUGUUGCAUAAGUUUUUUAAGCAAACGCUCUGAUCUGGCGCAUUACAUCCGAGUGAAUUCGUUACGAGCAGCACAUGCUGUCGUUGGGGCAAGGUGGCGUAUACGCAAUCCCCAAGGAGGACACACAAAGAUGACAUUGUUGCCCCUUGCUGAUGCAACGCUGGCUGAUGCAUAUUUUAACAUAUAUUUUUAGUGGACACACUCCGCAUUCCCGAAUCCCCACCACCUCAGCUCCUUUUGUUCGCCGUUAUUAUAGCAUUUUUCUGGCUGCUUUUAUGGGCGCUUUUUGCUGUGCUCAUUUAAAUGGCAACGGGACUGGCUGACUGCCGGACGGAGGAUACAUUUGGCCAGCAGCAUCGACGUCUGCGUGCGACUCGGAUCCUUGCUGACAACUUUUGUGCGUCGCAUUUGCAAUUCAAUGCCAGUGAGCUGGCAGGAAUUGCAGUUGCCAUGAAUAUGCAGCGAUAUCCGCAAAGUGCAGCAAAAAAUGCCGGCGAAAAGUUUGAUUUCUUUAUGGUUAUUAUUAUCGUUGUGGAUAUUAUUUCAGUCGUGGAACGUAAAUAGGCAAUUAAUCCCACCAUAAUUUACAAUACAUUUUAUGUACGAACGAAUAACCCUGUUAUCGAAACAAACCAAAGUCGUAUAAGUACUUGCAUAAGUAUUGUAGUUAACCUAAGCUAUACACAUAUAUUUAAACAUACUUUAACGUUGUGAUCAUUUCAAGAAUUAGUUCUUAAGGCCACAAACAAGACGUCAGUUAAUGUCAAGUAAAGUCAAGUCUCCGAAACUGAAUUACAAGAAAUUCUUAAUAUUAGGACAAGGUACGAUUAAGAGCAGUUUAAUAAAUAGCCUUAAGUAUUUGGGAAAGCGACCGAAGGCGUUAAAAUAAAUGAGUUACAAUCAUGCCACAAAAAUCUCCAAAAGGUUAAAAUCCAUAAUUAUCUGUUGCACAUCCGUGAAAAUGUACGUCCUCCAAAAAUGUAAUUGUAAUUAAAUACAAUUCGAGGCUCUUCAUAUAACACUCAAUAAUCGCAUCAUUCCAGAAGGAUUCCAACAUCUUCAUGAUUUUGUUAAUUUAAAUUUAAAAAAAUCACUUUUGUCGUGAGGGAGCCGUGAUCAAGAAGCCUUAAGAACCCAGAAGCAAAUAUUUCAAAGUAAACCUUAGACUAAAUUAAGAUUACAACUUGAUUGAAGCGCACAAAAAACGACGAUUGUGUUAUUAUGGCAUACUCGAAAUUAUUAGACCCUAGGUUAAAGGUCAUAGCAACGUUUGUGCAACGUAUUGUAGUGAUGACAAACUGAUCUAGUUAGGUAGUGUGUCACUAUACUGCUAUAUCUGCUGGACAUUGCCAACUUAAUUAUAUUCAGUGCUGAUCCACGAAACACAUACAUACCACGCCGAUCUCUUUCUUUACCUCAACAACAAACAACUCAAACUACUCAAAAGAAAAGCAAUCAAGGCUGACUUUGUACAUAGAGAUUUCAAAGGAAGAACUUUGCGAAAAGCUAUGGAAACCGACUUUUACAGCAAUAUAAGUAAGCUCUAACUGAUAUUCAAGGUAGAUAACUGGGCGCACUGCCAAAAAUUGGUUCCACUCCCAGUUGAGUGUUCGGCUAAGAUUAUAUGAAUAGUUAAGGUAACACAUAAUGAAUUCGAAACAAUUUUUUGAAAUUAUUUCAAGGAUAACCAAUGCAAAAUCGAUAAUAAUGCAAAAGCAAAUAAACCAUUAUUGUUAUAAUUAAAAUUAUUAGAUAAAUAUUUGGCGGCUUUGAUAAAUGACAUAUAUUAUAAAAAGAUAAAUAAUAAAUAAAUAGCAGCUUAAAUUGCUUACUUGUUAAACUGAUUCAAACCGGGAAUUUUCCAGCAUUCGCAUCUAUCACCGAACUGAUCCCAACUUGAGAAAUGUGUUCAUAACAUGUCACUUUCCAAACUGAAAUAACCCAUUAUACACUUGCAAUAAACUCUUGGCAAGUAAGCAAAAGAAAAGCCCUAAAAUCGACAUAUUUAUAUGGAGCAUACCUAUAUAUACACUUAUAUAAAUGUAACGAUAAUUGUACGAGUUUGGUUCAAGUUUUUGUCUUUGAUUUCCAACAUUUAAGGAUUCGUCAAAAUGGCUGUUAAUUUUUGGAAAAUAAAAAUGCUAACGCAAAACAGUUGAAGGGUAUUAAACAACAGAUAAAUAAACGCAACAAGGACAAUUGUUGAAUUAUUUACAUUUAAGCAACGCGUUGCCUGCGACAGUUACAACAAGAGGAGAAAUUAGGUGUAGCAACUUAACAAUUAAAGUCUACAAAUUAAAAUAUGUAUUACCGAAUCAAAUGCUUCAGCCGCUUGUUGUUUGUUCAAACCAUUCAAACGUAAUUAAUUUUAAGUGAAAGCCGCUACGUUUAG